ACCGCGGCAGUGUAGUUUUCAAUUAUAUUGGUGAAUCAAAACGCAGGUCACACAACACACCACUUUCUCUGUUUUCGCAUUCGUAAGCAACAAGUUCGUUUCGUUGAUCCAAAAAAGAUGGAUACGCAGAUGGCAGAGAAGAAGCCGAAAACGAAGAUCGUUUGUACGCUGGGACCCGCAUCAAGGUCUGUGCCUAUGGUCGAGAAGCUUCUUCGAGCAGGCAUGAAUGUCGCUCGUUUCAACUUCUCUCAUGGCUCUUACGAUUACCAUCAGGAAACCCUCGAUAAUCUCAGAACCGGCAUGGAGAAUACCGGUAUACUGUGCGCCGUUAUGCUCGACACUAAGGGGCCGGAGAUUCGAACCGGAUUUCUCAAGGAUGGAAAGCCUAUCCAACUGAAACAAGGUCAGGAGAUAACCAUUUCAACUGACUACAGCAUAAAGGGUGAUGAGAAUAUGAUCUGUAUGAGCUACAAAAAGUUGGCCGAGGAUGUGAAGCCUGGGAGUGUUGUACUCUGCUCAGAUGGCACCAUAUCAUUCAAAGUUUUAUCAUGUGACAUAAAAGCAGGUUUGGUUCGAUGCCGCUGUGAGAACUCUGCCGUUCUUGGCGAGAGAAAGAAUGUUAAUCUUCCUGGUGUCAUAGUGGAUCUCCCAACUUUGACUGAGAAAGACAAGGAAGAUAUCAUGGUCUGGGGAGUUCCCAAUAAAAUUGACAUGAUUGCACUAUCUUUUGUUCGAAAAGGUUCUGACCUGGUGCAAGUUCGGAAACUGCUUGGAAACCAUGCUAAGAACAUUCUUCUCAUGUCAAAGGUUGAAAACCAAGAAGGGGUUGCAAACUUUGAUGAUAUCCUUGCAAAUUCAGAUGCAUUUAUGGUGGCACGUGGUGACCUUGGAAUGGAAAUUCCGAUAGAGAAGAUAUUUCUGGCACAGAAGGUGAUGAUUUAUAAGUGCAAUAUCCAAGGAAAACCGGUCGUUACUGCAACCCAGAUGUUGGAGUCAAUGAUCAAAUCUCCCAGGCCAACCAGAGCUGAAGCUACUGAUGUUGCCAAUGCAGUUCUGGAUGGGACAGACUGUGUCAUGCUUAGUGGUGAAACUGCUGCUGGAGCUUAUCCAGAACUUGCUGUUCAAACUAUGGCUAAAAUAUGUGUUGAAGCUGAGAGCACCAUUGACUAUGGAGAUGUGUUUAAAAGGAUAAUGGAGCACUCACCAGUACCCAUGAGCCCAUUGGAGAGUCUUGCUUCUUCUGCAGUUAAAAUGGCCAACUCAGCUAAAGCAGCUCUCAUAUUGGUUUUAACUAGAGGAGGGAGUACUGCAAAAUUAGUGGCUAAAUACAGGGCAGGCAUGCCAAUUCUUUCUGUUGUCGUUCCCGAGAUUAAGACCGAUACCUUUGACUGGUCCUGUAGUGAUGAGGCCCCUGCCAGACAUAGCUUGAUAUUCCGAGGAUUGAUCCCAGUAUUAAGUGCAGGUUCUGCAAGAGCCUCUCAUGCAGAAACAACUGAAGAGGCACUAGACUUUGCCAUUCAAUAUGCCAAAGCAAAGGAUCUCUGCAAAAACGGAGAUUCUGUGGUGGCUCUUCAUCGUGUGGGCGUCGCAUCAGUUAUCAAAAUCUUGACUGUGAAAUGAUCUCUCAUUAAAAAGAGUUCUUCAGCUGCUUUUGGCAAUUUUUUGAUGGUGGGAAAGAAGUCUUAUCAUACCUUUUCUAAUCUUAUUUGGAUGCAGAUCAUCAAUCAGAACUUUUAUUAGGGAUGUUUCCUGUUUUUCAUUGUUUCACUGUUUCUUUGUCUUAUUAUUGUUGUCACUGGGGAAGUGGCAGCCAUCUUUCAUUUGCUGAUUAUGCAUGAAACUUUUGGUAAACCUAAAUAGUGACCCAUUUUUGGCCUCUUGGUUAUGAUUUGUUUACGGUCCAAUAACUCCAAUAUAUGUUUUGAAAUAGAAGGUUAUGGUUUUAAUAUUUUAA